AUGGACCAACAAUUUUCAUUGUCUUGGAAUAAUUUUCACGGGAACUUAAGCAAAGGUUUCGCCGGUUUAUUAGGAAAAGGCGAAUUUGUUGAUGUUACGAUAGCGGUUGAAGGACAUUUACUUCAAGCCCAUAAAGUUAUUUUAUCAAUAUGUUCUCCUUAUUUCAAGAAAAUGUUUCAAAUGAAUCCUUGUCAACAUCCCAUAGUUGUAUUAAGAGAUGUCACCCACAAGGCUAUGAAAGAUCUAUUGCAAUUCAUGUAUCAUGGUGAAGUUAGUGUCAAAAGAGAAGAUCUCACCAGUUUUAUAGGAACAGCUGAAGUUUUACAAAUCAAAGGAUUAACUAAUAAAGAGACUGAAGAAGAAGAUAAUAACAAAAGUAAAGAACUCUCCAAACAAAGCCUAGGUGGUCAAAAUGAUAGUCCUGAUGCAGAGUCAUGCACUUCAGACAUAUUUGAUACAAGCAUAAAUGAAACAGCAGAGAAUGAGCUGGAACUACUUAAACAAAGGCAAUUUAUAGAGAAAUUACAAAGGCUUAGUCAUUUAAAAAGGAAAUCUGAAGAAUUUCUCCACAAAACAUACUAUUCUGAUAUUUUAAGUAUCGAAAAGAGACCCAAAAUCAAUGAAAAGGCUGUCUAUAAUAAAAUUAAUAAUCACAUGCUGCAAAAUAGCAAUUAUGACAAUUUAAAGAAUGUAUAUGAUGAAACACCAGUAGAUAUAACUUCUUCAUUGAAUACAACAAUACAAAAUACUAAUGUAGAUAAGGAAGUAAAUGAUAAUUGCAAAGAUAAACCCAUUACAGAUAAUCAAAUAGAGUUAAAAACUGAGUGUGAGGAUAUAGAUAUUGUAGUGACAGAUCCUGCUAUUUGCACCACUCCAAAAAAAUUCGAAACAUCUAGAGAUGGCAAGAAUAAUACAUCUGUUGCCUUGGAGUAUCAGUCACCACAGGAUAAUUCCCCAAGUUUGAACUCAUUAUUUUUGGACCUUAAAAACUUAGUCAAUGGUAAGGUGACUAACACAAUGUUAAGAAUUAACACUAAUGAAGAAUUCCCAAGACAAUCUUUGGAACACCGUCUAAUCACAAUUCCACAGAAAGAAGAUGGAAAGAAGAAGUAUCCGCAACGGUCCUGUAGACUCUGCUGGAAAAUAGGAAAACGACGUGAUACUCGAUUCAUGUGCAGUGCUUGUGAAUUACCGUUUUGCAAAUCUCCAUGUUUCGAAAUACAUUACAAUGAUGUUUUUAAAAUAUCACAAUUGCAAGGAGAUUAUUUUGCUACAUAA